AUGUAUCUCCAGGUGCAUGAGUCGAUCGAUCCAUUCAUCAAGUUAACAACUCCGAAUUCGAACAGACACUAUCAACGUCGUAUGGGCGAUGCGGUGGAGUUGGUUGUUAACGUAGACGCGUAUCCUUCGACUGAACUAAAAUGGGUCGAUGCACGUGGCAACGAAAUUCCAACGAUUUUGUGGCUGCAUGGAAGACUCAAGUUAUCAGCUAACAAUGCAUGUUGUAAGCCAACAUUGAAAAUCAACAGUUUGGAUUUAAACGACAUGGGAAUAUAUUCUAUCCAGGCUAGCAAUCGGUAUAAAAAGGAAGCUUUGAACUUUACGUUGGAAAUAGUAGCUGAACCGAAAGUGUACAUGAACAUAUCGAGCUCGAACUACUUCAAAAAUCAGGUGGCAAAGGCAGAAUGCUACGUGGAAGCGUUUCCGAAGCCGAAUAUUACCUGGAGUUACCGCAAGUGCCCUAAUUACCCUUCUUGCGACGAUGGUACUCUCGAGCAUGUAACGAACUCCAGGGAAAACGGAAACGUGACUCAUCUGCUCUCUACGCUAUCGGCGACCCUUGAUAUGUACGGCGAAGUUAUCUGCAGGGCGUGCAACAUUGUUGGCUGCGGAAAUGUCACCGAAAACGUGUACGUUUCCGACGAAGUCGGCGAGUUCGGUGUCAUACUCGUGAAACACCUCGUGAUAGAAGGCGACGACUGGGAGCUGAUCUGCGCUGCUUCGGUUCGCACUUAUUCGGACAACUUUGAUUGGAGCAGCGAAAGUGGUCCAAUUGUACAAUCUGGUAGUUUCAAUAUUCACGCUAAGUUCGCGUUAAAUAAUUUACUUGUCUACAAUUAA